UCAUACUAAAUGUUGCAUUCUACAAUCUAUGGUUGGCUGUAUUAUAUAGUCAUUUUCCUUCUGUUGUGUUGAAAUAUUUAUUUGGGAAGGAAUUACGGCCAAUUUAAAAGUCACAAGUUUGCAAGAUGGAAGAAAUUGUAGAAAUUUAUCGAAAUUUAUCAUCAAUAAGCCAACCAACCUUAGCACGAGUUAGAUCAAAUAACGAUCAGUUUUUAGCCGUCUACACAGAAUGGACUCAGAGAGAUCUUGAAAAAGCUGAUAAAACUAACUUUACAAGAAAUUACGUUUUAAAUGCAUCAGAUAAUUCUAUUCUUUUAUCUACACCAGCUCAAGAAAUAAAGAAUGAACUAUUUAACGUGGAAUCACCAUCUGGUAAAUUUCAAGCUAUUUUGAGAAGUUGGACAAAUAAGAAAGGUGAUGAAAAACAAUUUAUAGAGAUAUGGAACAAUGAUGGAAAGGUGAAGAAUUUUGAUAUUCUAGCCAAAGAAAAACAUGGGAAGAUCAACAACAAAGAUGUUAAUUUUGGUAGUUUUCAAUGGUCAUACUCUGAACAGAAAUUAGCCUAUGUAGCAGAGAAGAAAAAAACUAAAACUGGUAGUUAUUUUGAUAACAAAGAAGACGAAAAAAAAGAUGACAUUGUGAAGGGUCACGAACAUGAUGUGUUAGAAGAUUGGGGAGAACAGUUAACAAAGAAAAGUCAACCCAUUGUUUGUAUAUUGGAUAUUUCUACUGGAUCUGUUGAUGUUUUGGAAACUGCAGAAAAUGUCUCGUGCGGAGAGGUUUUAUGGUGUCCCAAUGAUUCUGGUGUUGUAUUUGUUGGCUGGGAUCAUGAGCCAUUUAGACUGGGACUCAAAUAUUGCACACAGAGAAAGAGUGGAGUGUAUUAUUAUGAUUUUGAAAGUAAAAAAACUGUUUUACUUAGUGAUGAAGGUAGAGCUGUCCAUGCUCUUAGUAUUAGUCCUGACCAAUCAAAAUUAGUUUAUAUGGAUCAACCAAUAGGAGGCGGUCAUAAACAAUGUUCACGUUUAAUGAUGGUGGACUGGAAGACAAAGACUAGCCAAGCUGUUAUAGAUAUUGUUAAUACAAUAAAAGCUGGUGGUGAUUUUUGUGGAAUGUAUUUUGAUGCGUUUCCAGUACGAUGUUGGUCCACUGACAGUACUUACGUUUUUAUUGAUACAAACAGACGUAGUCAAGUCGGUGCAUUUGGUAUAAAUGUUGUGAAUAAGACUGUUCAUCCUAUUUCUGCAGGGUCUCACCGUGGAUCAGUGAAUGUUUUAGAUGUUUAUAAAGAUAAGAUAAUUCUUAGCUGUUCUUCUCCAAAUACACCACAUUUUCUGAUGAUUGGUAACCUCAAUUCGAAGAACAUAGAUGAAUCAAUAAAAUGGAACAAACUGAGUGAAGAGGUGGCAUUACCAAAUAUAUCCUAUGAUCUUACAGUGUUACAACCAACAGUUGAUAGAGUCAAUACUAAUUAUGGUAACUUAGAUUGUGAAAGUAUUUUAAUUAGCAAUAAAGAAAACAGCAUAUCAAAACCGCCACUUAUACUUUUCCCCCAUGGUGGACCUCAUACAACAUUUGAUACAAGUUUUAUGUUGUAUGUAGCUGGUUUCUGUCAGUCAGGAUAUUCUGUUCUAUUAGUAAAUUAUCGAGGUUCCCUGGGAUUUGGUCAAAACAGUGUUAAUUCCUUAUUAGGUAAUAUAGGGGAUCAGGAUGUUAAGGAUGUUAAGGCAGCGCUUGAUGAUGUCAUCCAGCGAGGACUAGUUGACGGUGAUCAGGUUUUUGUCUUUGGCGGAUCUCAUGGAGGGUUCUUAACAACACAUUUAAUUGGACAAUAUCCGGGAUUUUUUAAAGCAGCAUGUUGUAGAAAUCCUGUUACUAAUCUUACAGCUAUGUUAAAUACAUCAGAUAUUCCAGAUUGGGUUUGGGAAGAAUGUGGAAUAAAAUACUGUCAUUCAUCAGUAAUAAAUGCUAAAACCCUUGAAGAAAUGUUUAAUAGAUCACCCAUUAGAUAUGUUGAUCAGGUGAAGACCCCAUUAUUAUUGAUGAUUGGUAAGGAUGAUUUACGUGUUCCACCAACUCAAGCUCGGGAAUAUUACAGAGCUCUAAAAUCACGCCAAAUUCCAACCAGAUUGAUAGAAUAUGAAGAUAAUUCUCAUCCGAUCACGAAAGUUGAUUCAGAAGCAGACGCCUUUGUGAACAUUGUUUUAUGGUAUAAUAAAUACAGGACUUGAUAGACCACUUUUAAAAUCCCUGGAAAGAAAAUUGUGAUUUUAAAUUUACAGAUUAUUUUUUUUGAUAAUCUAUUAUUACUGUUUCAUGGUGAUUUUUUUCAAUAUCAAUUAAUAUGCAUCAAUGAGUUUGAAUUGAUGUCCCCCGUCUGUCUGUCUGUGUCUGUCUGUCUGUUCAAACUUGGUGUAGGUGUUUAUUAGGUCAGUGCCUUGAUGGAGUUCGAAGAUGAGCAUUUUCGGCUUAGGGUAAGCAGAGAUAAGCAAUUUGAUUGGUUGAUGCUUUGGGACACGAUAACUUUAGUUCUAAUUAAGUCAGAGUGAUGAAACUUGGUGUAUAGUUUCAUUACAUCAAUACCUUGACUAAGUUCGAUAAUGAGCAUUUUCUGCUCAGGGUAAGCAGAGCGAUAAGCAAUUUGAUUGGCCGAGGCUUUGGAACACAAUAACUCUCUUUAUAAUUGAGCUAGAAUGUUCAAACUUGUUUUAGAUGUUUAUUAGGUCAAUACCUUGACUAAGUUCGACAAUGAGCAUUUCCUGCUUAGGGUAAGCAGAGUGAUAAGCAAUUUGAUUGGUCGAGACUUUGGAACACAAUAACUCUCAUUUUAAUUGAGUUAGAAUGUUCACACUUGGCGUAGGUAUCAAUUAGGUGAAUGCCUUGAUGGAGUUUGAAGAUGGGAAUUUUCUGCUUAGGGUAAGCAGAGAUAAGCAGUUUGAUUGUUUGAUGCUUUGGGACACGAUAACUUUGGUUCUAAUUAAGUGAAAGUGAGGACACUUGGUGUAUAGAUUUAUUAUAUGAAUACCUUAACUAAGUUCGAUAAUGAACAUUUUUUGCUGAGGGUAAGCAGAGUGAUAAGCAAUUUGAUUGGUCGAAACUUUGGAACACAAUAACUCUCCUUCUAAUUGAGGUAGAAUGUUCAAACUAGCAUAGGUGUCUAUUAGGUGAAUGUUUAAACUUGAUGUAUAUGUAGAUUAGGUGAAUGUCUUGACUGAGUUCAAUAAUUAACAUUUCGAGCUGAAGCUAAGCAGAGCUAAUCGAUUUCAUUUGUCGAUGGUUUGGGACAAGAUAAUCUUGAUUCUAUCUGAUAGAGAGUGAUGAAACUUAGUGAAAAAAAUAAAUGUGCGAUUAAUUAAUAUGCGUCAUCUAUUUAUUUCGGCAGGGGACAUCAGCCUCACUGUUGGCUUGUUACUAUUGGCUAUGAGUAUGAAUACCAAUAAAUUAAAUAUUGGACAUUUUUUAUGAACUCACAUAUUAUAAAAAUCCAAAACAUUCAUUUACAGACAAUUGAAACGGUACCAAGCAUGGUAAAAAUCUUUACAAUGGGGGAAACUGACCACUGCCAAAUAUUGUUGUUACAUGUGUCCCUCAUCUGUCCAUAAAACCUUAUAGACAAACUAUAAAUCAGAGUUUUGAUAAAUUUUGACAUUUACGUUCAUAUUAUUUUUACUAUCUUAUGAACACAAUACAGGCAGGACAGGGUUCAAAAUGGAAUAUUAUAAAACUGAAUGAGAUAGAACCGGGUAUGUAUUAUUGGUAUUGAAAGAUUAAAGAUUUAUAUGUACAUGUAUGUGAAUGGCUUCAGAAAUAAAUUAUUGAAUGAGUUAAUGAAAUAAAGAAAUAAAUACAGAAA